AUGGGAUCAUUAUGCUUCUCUCGGCUCACCCCUCCCCAUGGUGGAGUUUCAAUUACGUACAAACUUGCAACUUCGUUGAGCAAAGGCGAGAUCCUGGAAUCUGGGCAACUCCAGUUUUUACCCCAUCGACUAAACGCAUGCUCCAAGAUUGAAGAGAUGCAAAUAUCUCUUUGUCAUGGCAAAUCCGGGGCCCCAGGUUUUUGGCAGAUGAAUCUGGUGGCAAGCAGUCGGGAAGAGGAUCCAAUGGGUCCAGCCCGUGCCCGUGUGGAAACUUGGUCGAGAUCAUCGCCACAAAUUGAACCUUGGGCGUCAGAGAUGCUUUGGUUUCUAUUUUGGAGGAGGCUGAACUCAAUUAACGAGGAAUCCAAGGCCCCGUGCAAUCGUAGCGCGACUGCUACAUACGACUUACGCGACAUCUUGGGGCUCGGCAAUUCGCGGCUAAACCCUCCUGCAAACAUUCUACGCGCGAUCACGAAAUUUGCCUUUUUCAGCUGCACCAUCAUUGUUGCAUGUUGCAUUUUGAUUGGGCACGGUAUGGGCUCUUGUUCUUCGAUGUGA